CUCCUACCCGGGUGGAUCAUGGAUCAUAAGUCUUUGAAAUCUUCGGAUGUGAUUCUCGACCUUGUUGUACAUACCAUGUCGAGGCCACUUGUCUUGACACUCAAGCUGGACAAAGGGUCGACUGAGCUCUUGACGAGUCUUCGAGCGAACUAUUUUCCCAAACAUCGAAACCAUCUCAAUGCCCAUUUGACCUUAUUCCAUGCGAUCCCUCCAGAUCGACGGGGAGAACUCGAUCGCUUACUCCAAGAUAUCUGUAAACAUCAGAAAGAGUUCAAUAUAUCGAUUGCGCGACCUUCGAGAAUGGGUAAAAAGGGGGUCAUGUUGCAUAUCAGAGAGAGUGGUUCGAGGGGUGUGAUUGAGGGUAUUCAUUCGUCCAUCGUCAGGGAUCUAUCAAAGGUCGAAAAAGGUCCUCCACCUGGAUCAAAACAAUACGCUGAGGCAGCAGAACGAGGUGGUAGACGUGGGUCUGCAUCACCUCUGACGGAUCAAGAUCUUGAACCCUUACGUUCGCCUCACGUGACAAUCUUGAACAAAGCAGAGGAUGAAGGUCAGGUCGAGGAUUGUCAUCGGGAUCUGGUGGAUCUCUUUAACAAGAUGGAUGGACGUCAAAAGCAUGGAACGGCUAUAGGUCUGCAACUGUGGGAAUACAAUCAUGGGCCUUGGAUACAUUUACAUGAUUAUUCGUUUGUCAGUCACUAGAGCGAUUAGAGGUUUCUCAUAGAGCAAUGUAUGGAAACCAUCGUCACC